AUGCUGUUCUCGCCCUUGAACGUUCCAGUUCGUGUCAGUCUGCGCCAGUCCGCUGCCCUGCUUACCUCCCCUGAAUGGCAGGAGAUUACCAGGACUUGGGCCUUGAUUACGCCCGGAAUUCCGGCUUCGGCUGCUGGUUGGCUCACGGUCCGCCCUGCCAUGAUCUCCGAGCUCUCACCUACAGUACUGUACAUGUAA